UGGGGGCCUUUGGCUGGGAGCAUGACAUUUAGAGAUCCUUGAUCCAACUUCUUGUUUAAAGGGUGGGAGUGAGAAACACACCCUGAAAGUUGCUGUUUAUAUCUAGUUGUCAAGUUCGGGAUCUUUAAUUCUUGGCCAGGCUUGGGCCUGGUCUAGUAGGCGCCUCUCAAACAUCUAUCCUCCCACACCCAAGGGUGGUAUUUGCAAGGCAGUGGCCUGGGUCGUUUUUGCGCAGGAAAGAGCUUGUGGCACCCUCUAUGCCGAGGAGUGUUUUGGGUGAUGGAAGCUGCACACCGGGCUGCGCGGCUGAUCGAGGCCUUUGUGCAAGCGGCGUCUGCUUCUGCAAAGCGCCCUACUCGGGGGAGACCUGCGAGGUCGAAUUCAAGGAAGACUUUAUGCGGCUGGGUUACUUCACCGUGAUGGUCAUUGUUUCUUUGGCUGUGGGUGUGGGCUUCUUUGCGGCGGACAUCCUGUGGCGCGUGACACGGCCCUCCGCGCGAGCCGCGGUCAUGGGCACCCAGCAGGAAAGGAAGACAGCACUGCCAACAGGAGAAUUGUAUUGCAGACCUGAUGGGUUAGUUGACGGGGAUGCUGUCAAAACACCCUUGUGCGACUUACUUUCCGCCAAAGCGCUUGGCUCGUCGGAACAAAGGCGUGUGUUGCCAUGAUGUAUAGUUUCUGAGGUGAAGAAAGAGACCUGGCGCCAGGCUGGCUGAGCAAGAGGA